GUUCCAUCUUCCAUUCCCCCCAUCUAGCUGCAAGUCCCCAUCGUCAUCAGCCUCUCCUUUCCGUCCUUGUCAUCUUCUUCCCGUCCUUGUCAUCUUCGGCUUCCAUACCAUUUAUGCCGUCGUCCUAAGAACGCUGACACUUGUUUGCUUACGAAUGACGCAAAAGUUUAAAAGCUACCAUUUUUUGUCGUAGCUGCCGGUCACCUCUCUUCGCAUCACUCUCAUUACUUCCUAGCUUCGUCCCACAUGGCUUCUUCUUCUUCUUCCUCUUGUUCCGUUGUCACGCCAUCCACUCCUCUUGUUUCCUUCCUCGAACAGCUCCAAGAAACGGCGCUCCAAACCUUCGGGGAUUCCAACUUCGAUCCCAAAACCUACGUUGACUUGCCCCUCAAGUUCACCCUCUCCGAGACACACCAAGCAUUCCAGAACCUUCCAAGACUGAGUUCCAACGGGACCGUUUCUGCGGAGGUGCUGAAAGGAUUCAUCAAUAGGUACUUUAAGGGCGCAGGGGAUGAUCUGGUGUGCUGGCAGCCACAUGAUUUCGUUGCAGAGCCAGAAGGGUUCUUGACGAAGGUGAAGCACCCGGAGGUGAGGGCGUGGGCUUUGAAGGUUCAUUCGCUUUGGAGAAACUUGAGUCGCAAGGUAUCCCGUGAAGUCGAAAAGAACCCGCAGCUGCACACUCUGCUUCCCCUGCCGAAUCCUGUUGUUAUUCCUGGUUCACGCUUUCGUGAGGUCUAUUAUUGGGACUCCUAUUGGGUCAUUCGGGGCUUGCUGGUGAGUAAAAUGCAUAAGACUGCUACUGCUAUUGUGAUGAAUCUUGUUUCUUUGAUAGAAAAAUAUGGAUUUGUGCUCAAUGGGGCUAGACAGUACUACACUAACAGGAGUCAGCCUCCUCUUUUAAGCUCUAUGCUUUAUGAGAUAUACCGCAGCACUGGUGACAUUGAGUUAGUUAAAAGAUGUUUACCUGCACUGCUUAAGGAGCAUGCCUUUUGGAAUUCAGAUAUACAUAGAGUGACCAUUGUGGAUGCUCAAGGACACUCCCAUAACUUGAAUCGCUAUCAGGCAAUGUGGAACAAACCCAGGCCAGAGUCGUCCACAAUGGACAAGAAAUCUGCUUCCAAGUUCUUAAAUAUUUCAGAAAAGCAGCAUUUUUACUGUGAUAUUGCCUCGGCUGCUGAAUCAGGAUGGGAUUUCAGCACAAGAUGGAUGAGAGUUCCACCUGACUACAGUACACUAGCUACAACAUCUGUAAUACCUGUUGAUUUGAAUGCAUAUCUGCUUGGGAUGGAAAUUAAUAUUGCCUUCUUUGCAAAAGCUAUUGGAGACGAAACCACUGUGAAACACUUCAUGGAACUUUCUGAUGCUAGAAAGAAGGCAAUAAAUUCUGUUUUCUGGAGUCCAAGCAAGAAGCAAUGGCUCGAUUACUGGCUCAACAGUGGCACAUGUGAGGUGGCUCAUGUUUGGGAAGCUAAGCAUCAGAAUAAAAAUGUAUUUGCUUCCAAUUUUGUUCCUUUGUGGAUGGAGCCAUUUUACUCAGAUGGUUCGCUUGUGGGUAACGUUGUUCAUGCUCUCAAAACUUCUGGCCUGAUUCGUGCUGCUGGAAUUGCAACUUCUUUGACUGAUUCAGGACAACAGUGGGACUUUCCAAAUGGUUGGGCUCCACUUCAACACAUGCUAGCAGAAGGCCUGGUAAAAUCAGGGUCAAAAGAAGCAAGGUUGUUGGCUGAGGAAAUUGCUAUCAAAUGGAUUAGAAGCAAUUAUGUUAGUUACAAGAAAACAGGGGUAAUGCAUGAAAAGCUUGACGUGGAGAAGUGUGGAGAAUAUGGAGGCGGGGGUGAAUAUGCACCCCAGACUGGAUUUGGUUGGUCUAACGGGGUUGUGUUGGCAUUCUUGGAGGAGUUUGGUUGGCCUCAAGAUCGGAGUAUAGAUUGCUGAUAUGUGUGUUCAGAUUCAAAGUUUGAACAAGCCUUGAGCCUGGUAUUGUUUAGAGGAUGACGUGCUUAAAUAAGGAAGUGUUGAGCACUUUUUCUUGCAUCAAUAAUUUUCCUUGUGUGUAAGAGACUUGCUAAAUGAUUCCAAUAAUAGUUUACCCUUCAUGUUUCUGCUUUACUAAGCAUUUUAGAGAAGCCAAACCAGGUGUUCUAGUAGUGGCUAAUUUAGUGAGUGGAUGGGUGAGUGUAUUUGUGUGACCAAAAAAAAAAAAAGAACAUAAGCGAGACUAUCUUUAAGCAUCAUUUUGGAACUAAUCGACAUGAAAUAUAUAAGCAUGGUUUUGAAAACCAAUUUGAAUCA